GCUGCCUGCUCAACAAUAAACAGACAGGGCAACACAAAAUUGUUUCUGUCUUUGAGUGGAUGUCUGUGUGGCCACACAGAUAAUUUGCGAAUCUAAACCUGUUGGCGUUGUUAUUGCUGGGUUCAAAGUCCUUGCUGUAAAAUUAUCUAAAUAAAAUUUUCAAUUUGCGAAUAAAAAAUUAGAAAAUGAAUCCAAUCGUUCAAAUCGCACGUGCCACCAGACCUAUAUUCAGGUCUAUAUCUACAACAACACCAGUUGCUUCUGCGAAACCAAUACCUACAACAGGACUUUGCUUUGAGCUUAGCGAUGAGCAAAAGGCUCUUCAAGACCUGGCCAGAAAGUUCACAAAAGAAGAAAUUAUGCCAGUGGCUGCUCAAUAUGACAAGUCAGGAGAAUACCCCUGGCCGAUCGUCAAGAAGGCGUGGGAAGUCGGCCUUAUGAAUGGACACAUUCCUGAACAUUGCGGUGGUAUAGGCAAUUUCGGCGUCUUCGAUGAGUGCCUCAUAGCAGAAGAAAUGGCAUUCGGUUGUUCCGGUAUCACUACGGCAGUCGGGGGAACCGGUCUUGGACAAACUCCCGUCAUCAUCGCCGGCAACAAGGAGCAGCAGAAGAAAUACCUCGGCAGACUGAUUGACGAGCCACUACUAGCUGCCUAUGGCGUCACAGAACCCGGUGCGGGCUCUGACGUCGCGGGAAUUAAGACCAAGGCGGAGAAGAAGGGCGACGAAUGGAUCCUGAACGGCCAGAAGAUGUGGAUCACCAACGGAGGCGUCGCCAACUGGUACUUCGUGUUGGCUCGCACCAACCCCGAUCCCAAGUGCCCAGCCAGCAAGGCGUUCACCGGUUUCAUCGUAGAGCGCGACUGGCCUGGAGUCACCCCCGGCCGCAAGGAACAAAAUAUGGGCCAGCGCGCAUCCGACACUCGCGGCAUCACUUUUGAAGAUGUUCGCAUCCCAAAGGAAAAUGUACUCAUUGGAGAGGGCGCAGGUUUCAAAAUCGCUAUGGGAGCCUUCGACAAAACCAGGCCACCGGUAGCAGCAGGAGCCACCGGCUUAGCCAACCGCGCUCUCUACGAGGCCACGAAGUACUCGCUUGAGCGCAAGACAUUCGGCGUGCCCAUCGCGUACCACCAGGGCGUGGCCUUCAUGCUGGCAGACAUGGCCACCGGCGUCGAGACCGCGCGCCUCGCCUGGCAGAAGGCUGCCUGGAUGGUGGACCACGGGCAAAAGAAUACUACCAUCGCAUCGGUCGCCAAGCUUCACGCGUCAGAGGUGGCUAACAAGGCCGCCACCGACGCCGUCCAGAUAUUCGGCGGCAACGGAUUCAACACCGAAUACCCCGUCGAGAAGCUUAUGAGGGACGCCAAGAUCUACCAAAUCUACGAAGGCACCUCCCAAAUCCAAAGAGUCAUCAUCUCCAGAGAGGCUAUCCAAGCCGCCAAGGCAUCUAUGUAAUACACCUCGGACCCACACAUUUUUAUAGUCUU